CUUCGGGAUCUGCGCUCAGAAGGGAAAAUGGAUCGGCUGAAGAUGCAUCGGACGAAAGAACUGGAAUUUGGGGGUGUAUUUGGGGUGGCCUUCCUGAUGGUUCUGUUGCCCAGCACCGUCUUCUACCUACUGCUGGUCUGCAGGACAGAGCAGGCCAGCGUGCUGAACCCCCCCUGGCCGCUGCCCUCCCUCCGCUCCCUCUGGAGCCCCCAAGACUUUGCUCUGGUCCUGGCCUGGCUUGCAUUCCAAGCCCUGCUCUAUCAGCUGCCCCUGGGGAAGAUCACAGAAGGAAGCCUUCUUCGGGACAAGAGCCGGCUGAAAUAUCGCAUUAACGGUCUCUAUGCUGUGUUGGUCACAGCGGUGAUGCUGGGCGCUGGGCUGGCCAGGGGGCUGCGCCUGAGUUACAUCUACGACCACAUCCUGCAGCUGGCCUUUGCAGCGACUGUCUUGGCUUUCGUCCUCAGCGCCCUUCUCUAUUUCAAGGCUCUGCUGGCCCCAGAGGCAGCUCUGGCUCCCAGCGGGAACUCAGGAAACCUCAUUUAUGACUUCUUCAUGGGCCACGAGUUGAAUCCACGCUUUGGGCUCUUCGAUCUCAAAGUCUUCUUUGAGUUGCGCCCAAGUCUCCUUGGCUGGGCACUGAUCAACAUGGCAAUGUUGGCUAAAGAGACGGAGCUGAGAGGCAGCCCCUCUCUAGCCAUGAUCCUGGUUAAUGCCUUCCAACUUCUCUACGUGAUGGAUGCCUUCUGGCGUGAGGAGGCUGUUCUCACCACAAUGGAUAUCAUCCAUGAUGGCUUCGGUUUCAUGCUGGCUUACGGGGACCUGGCUUGGGUGCCCUUCCUGUACAGCCUCCAGGCGUGCUUCCUUGUGACCCACCCCCAGAAGCUCAGCCUGCCUUUGGCGGGGGGCAUCGUCCUGCUAAACGGCCUGGGGUAUUCCAUAUUCCGUGGUGCCAAUUCCCAGAAAAACACCUUCCGACGGAAUCCCGCUGAUCCCAGAGUGGCUGGGCUCCGGACAAUCCCUACGGCAACCGGUCGGCGGCUCCUGGUCUCUGGCUGGUGGGGUUUUGUGCGGCACCCCAACUAUUUAGGAGACCUGAUCAUGGCUUUUGCAUGGUCCUUGCCCUGCGGCUUCACUCACAUCUUGCCUUAUUUUUAUAUCAUCUAUUUCACCUUGCUGCUGGCUCAUCGGGAUGCCCGGGACGACCACCAGUGCCUGAGGAAGUACGGGCUGGCGUGGCACGAAUAUUGCCGCCGUGUCCCUUACCGGAUUGUCCCAUAUCUCUACUGAAUCCUGAAAUCCCCAUUCCCAGAAGGUCUUUGGGCUCAUCUCGGAGCGGAAGGGUCUCCUGGUUUCGUGCCAAUGUGAGAAAGAGCCUGGCCAGUGCGCGGGGGGGAGUGUAUUGGCUGUUCAUGGCCGUUUCUCCAUUUUUUCUUCCAUUCUCCUGUUUCACUUUCGUCUUCCUUUGAUUUCAUUGCCUGUCUUCCAUUUGUCUACAUUUCUUUCCCGAUAGGGAAAAAAAGAGACUGGAAAAAUA